GGCACGGCUUUUUCUGCAAGGUAACAUUGGACCUUCCUUUGCAUUGGCCAUUAAGCACGGCAACGCAGGUCAUACACAUACCAGCGCAACAUGUUGGUUCUUUUCGAAACUCCUGCGGGGUACGCCCUCUUCAAGCUUCUCGACGACGGGAAGCUGAAGAAGCCCGAUGACCUCUACAAAGACUUUGAGACCGCCGACUUGGCCAACAAAGCCGUCAAGCUAAAGGCGUUUGCGAAAUUCGAAAACACAACCGAUGCUCUGUCUGCGGUCACUGCGCUGGUGGAGGGAAAGAUGUCGAAGAACUUGAAGAAGUUCCUGGUGGACGAAUUGAACGAGAAGGACCUGAAGGACCAGCUUGCUGUUGCGGAUGCUAAGCUAGGAAGCGCCAUUGCGAAGAAGUUGAACAUUAAGGUCAUCUCUGACGCUGCAGUAAACGAGCUGAUGCGUGGAAUCCGUUACCAGCUCUCUUCCCUUAUCUCCGGACUGUCGGAAUCGGACAUGAACGCGAUGGUCUUGGGUCUGUCCCACUCUCUCUCCCGAUACAAGCUGAAGUUCUCCCCCGACAAGGUCGACACUAUGAUCAUUCAGGCGAUCGCUUUGCUGGACGAUUUGGACAAAGAGCUGAACACAUACGCAAUGAGGGUGAAGGAAUGGUACGGAUGGCACUUCCCGGAAAUGACCAAAAUCAUCGUGGACAACUUGGCCUACGCGCGGACCGUCAAAGUCAUGGGUUUCCGGAGCAACGCUGAGGCGACCGACCUCUCCACAGUGCUCCCUGAAGAGCUGGAGCUCGAGCUGAAGGAGGCGGCUAAGGUCUCGAUGGGUACCGAAAUCAGCGACGAGGAUAUCGAAAACAUCACGUUGCUCUGCGACCAGAUCAUCAGCAUCACCGAGUACCGCACACAACUAUACGAGUACCUCAAGAACCGCAUGGCCGCCAUCGCACCCAACCUUACAUGCCUGGUCGGCGAGCUCGUCGGCGCCCGUCUCAUCGCCCACGCCGGGUCCCUCCUCAACCUCUCCAAACAGCCCGCUUCCACCGUCCAGAUCCUCGGCGCCGAAAAGGCCCUCUUCCGUGCAUUGAAGUCCAAGCACGAUACCCCCAAGUACGGUCUCAUCUACCACGCAUCCCUGGUUGGACAGGCCGGCCCUAAGAUCAAGGGAAAGAUCGCUCGUGUCGUCGCCACUAAAGCUGCUCUGUCUAUCCGUUGCGAUGCGCUGGGUGACACCGACACACCCAACAUCGGUAUCGCGGCUCGGGCAAAGAUCGAGGCGAGGUUAAGACAACUGGAAGGAAAGGCGGUCCGGGCGGUCAACUCGUCGUCGGCGAAGGGCAAGCCUGCGCAGAAGAAGUACGAUUUCGCGGCGGGUGCAUCAUAUAACGCGGCAUCGGACGCUGUCACAACAACGCCGUCGAAAACGGACCCUGACGCUGCCGUGGAUGGAGAGGUAUCGGCGAAGAAGGAAAAGAAGGAGAAGAAAGUGAAGAAGGAGAAGAAGGUCAAGAAGGAGGAGGUGGAAGAGGCUGACACGCCAGUCCCAUCCCCAGAAAAGAAAAAAAAGCGAAAAGCAUCCGAGGUCGAAGACGACGCCGCACCACCCGCCGACGCCGAAAAGAAGAAGAAGAAGAAGAAGGAGAAGAACUAGAAAGAACAGUCCCCACACACCAUCACCACCCACUGUUAACUUAUAGCCCCUCUGCUCUAGCUUCCCGCGGCGCCUCCAGGUGCAUGCGCUCUGCAACAUCCCCCACACACCAUCACGUCACCCCAUUGCUGCUGCAUCUCGAUUUUAUCUUCAUAGCUUUUUCGGAUAGUAUCCUUAUAGGGCGGAAGCCGUCUGCGCCGCUUUCUCACGGUUUCGUUUUUGCUUUUUCCACUUGUACACAUUAUGUUAUUAUUAGGAGCAUCCAUCUUUUCAUCGAUCG